GCUUCAUCUACUUCAUCUCUCUUGCAUGAACAAAAAACCAGAGAGAGAAAAAGCAGUUAUGGCGAAUGUUCAUAACAUCCUCUUGUUGUGUGUUUUUGUAAUUGUAUCAUCGUCUGUAUCAAUCGCCGAGGAGGAGAAAGAAUAUGUUUUGACUCUUGAUCACUCGAAUUUUACAGAGAUUGUUUCGAAACACAAGUUCAUCGCCGUCGAGUUUUACGCUCCUUGGUGUGGUCACUGUAAGCAUCUAGCUCCAGAGUAUGAAAAGGCUGCAUCUGUUUUGGCAAGUCAUGAUCCAGCAAUUGUUUUGGCCAAAGUUGAUGCUGAUAACGCAGAUAACAAACCACUUGCAGAGAAAUAUGAGGUGCAAGGGUUCCCCACAAUAAAGAUCUUGAGAAACGGUGGUGAAAAGAUUCAGGAUUAUAACGGCCCUCGCGAGGCUGAUGGUAUUGUGACUUACUUGAAGAAACAAGUCGGUCCGGCAUCACCUGAAAUCAAAACUAAAGAAGAUGUAGAAAGCCUUAUAGAUGACAAAAAGAUUUUUAUUGUUGGGAUUUUCCCCAAAUUUUCAGGGAAGGAAUAUGAUAAUUAUAUGAUUUUAGCUGAUAAGUUGCGGUCUACCCAUGAUUUCGGUCAUACUUCUAACGCUAAGCUCAUCCCUCGUGGGGACUCAUCGGUUAACAAGCCAACUCUUAGGUUACUAAAGCCUUUUGAUGAGCUUGUUGUUGAUUCUAAGGACUUUGAAGUUGAUGCUAUGGAGAAGUUCAUUGAAGAAGCUAGCACUCCUCUUGUGACACUUUUUGACCAAAGUGAGACCAACCAACCAUUUUUGUCCAAAUACUUUCAGAGUUCAGAAUCCAAGGCUAUGCUCUUCUUUAACUAUGACCAUGAGAAAAAAGAUUAUUUUAAGUCAACAUAUCAUGAGAUUGCUGCAUUGUACAAAGGAAAAGGAUUGAUUUUCCUCAUGGGAGAUGUUAAAGAUAGUGCAAAUGUGUUGGAGUAUUUUGGCCUUACCGUAGAUCAAACACCCGCCCUCUUGGUACAAGACACGAAAGGUGUCAAGUAUGUUAGCCAAAAUGUGCAAGCCGAUCAUAUCGCUCCUUGGUUGAAGGACUUUACCGACGGAAAGCUAAAACCAUAUAUAAAGUCAGAGCCGAUUCCAGAAACCAAUGACGAGCCGGUGAAGGUGGUGGUUUCAAAGAGCUUUAAAGACAUGGUUUUGGACUCCAAAAAGAAUGUUCUACUAGAGAUCUAUGCACCAUGGUGUGGACACUGCAAAAAGCUAGCCCCAAUCUUUGAAGAAGUGGCUGUCUCGUUUGAGCAGGAUCCUGGAGUAGUCAUUGCAAAACUUGAUGGAACUAAAAACGACAUCCCAAGCGAGGAAUUUGAUGUUAAAGGUUUCCCGACAUUGUUCUUCAAAUCUUCAAGUGGUAAAAUAGUGCAAUACGAGGGAGACAGGACUAAGGAGGACAUGAUUGAGUUCAUUCAAAAGAAUCGCGAAGUCACUUCCGAGUUGACUUCGGAGGAGUCUGUCAAAGAUGAGCUUUGAAGAAAUCUUGUUUUUUUUCUUUAGUCUUAUGUAGUUGGUUAUGCACUCUUAAAGUGUUGAAACUUGGUUUUUACAAUUAGUUUUAAUGAGUUUAUAAGAAACUAAGAGAGGCCGGUCUGUUAGUUCACCUUUUAAAA